AUGACUCUCUUUCACUUUGGAAACUGCUUUGCUCUGGCUUAUUUCCCGUACUUCAUCACCUACAAAUGCAGCGGCCUUUCAGAGUACAAUGCCUUCUGGAGGUGUGUUCAGGCCGGAGCCACCUACCUGUUUGUCCAGCUCUGUAAGAUGUUAUUUCUCGCUACAUUUUUCCCGACGUGGGAAGGUGGAGCAGGAGUUUAUGAUUUUGUAGGGGAGUUUAUGAAAGCCACCGUGGACCUUGCCGACCUGCUGGGCCUCCACCUUGUCAUGUCCCGUAAUGCCGGCAAAGGAGAGUACAAGAUCAUGGUGGCUGCGAUGGGCUGGGCCACUGCCGAGCUGGUGAUGUCCAGGUGUCUCCCCCUGUGGGUGGGAGCCAGAGGGAUCGAGUUCGACUGGAAAUACAUCCAGAUGAGUUUUGACUCCAACAUCAGCCUGAUCCAUUACAUCGCCAUGGCAGCAGUGGUGUGGAUGUUUACUCGGUACGACCUUCCUAAAAGCUUCAGGCUGCCGGUGACGGUCCUGCUGGCUCUCUGCGUCUACAAGGCCUUCCUCAUGGAGCUGUUCGUCCACGUCUUCCUGCUGGGCAGCUGGACGGUGCUGCUGGUGAAAGCCGUGCUGACCGGCGCCAUCUCGCUCUGCUCGCUCUUCCUCUUCGUCACUCUGGUUCACAGUAACUGAAAGGAGGCGUUUCAGUCGGGACUCGGCUGAAGCUGGAACCUGAGGCCGCUUCAGCCUCAGCGGGGGAGGAGGGGGGCUCCCGGAACAGCCUCCUCCACUCUGGAGCAGCGUUUGUGAAGGUUUGAUGGAAAACCGGAGAGGAGCGUUCUGACGGUUCAUCAGGAAGCAGCUGGAACGUGAUUGGCCUGCCUGACACGUUGAUUUCAUGAAAAUGUGAUUUUUGUUUGUUUUGUUUUUGUCAGAUUGACCACAAAUGAUUUGAUACACAAAAGAAUCAUAACUUUUUUUGUAUUCUCUAAUAUUUGAAAGUAGUUCUAGCAUAUUAUUGAUAAAUAAGUGACUUUCUUGAUGGUUUAAAGCAUUGGCCACACAUUUAUCAAUUUAUUUAUUAAAAAAAUAAUAUAAGUAGUUAGAACUGAAAUCGAGGACGAGUUUCCUGAACUACACUCAAACUAAAGCAUUAAAAUAAGCAGAUUGCUUUGAGUUUAAGUUGUGACAUAAAUAAAUGUCUUUGUUAUCUUUUCUCACUCUA